AUGCAACUUGUCAACAAGACUUUGGUCCACAUUCACCUUCUACCGACAACCCAAACAUACAACGUCAAGAUGAAGCUCGCUUUGUUUACCAUCAUUGCAUUCACUAGCUCUGCUGCUGUUGGCGCAUUUGUUCCUCAGAACGAUCUUCAACAUUCUCUCGAAGCCAUGAUGAAGCGCACCGUCGAAACCACCUUGAAGAGUUCUCGGGCGGAACCACUUCUCGAACCGGUGACCAAGCGACAGGAUCAAGACGACUCCCGAAUUGCAACUACCCACAAGCGAUGGGGUGUUGACAACAAGAAUGAGGAAGAAUACUGGUAUGAUUCCCGCAUCCACACUCUAGGAAACCAUGGAUUCUUCGGAGCAGUUCAUGCCGCUUUGGCUCCGAUCUCGACAAAAAUGAUCGACAACAUUGCGUAUGAAGGCGUGGACAUCCGUGGAAAGGUUGCCGAAGAAUUGUCCACGCUGUACCGCAAGAAGAAAGCCAAUGUCCUUGACUUGUGCUGUGGAGUAGGCUUUUCCACGAGGGCAUUGAUCAAAGCCUUCCCAGAUGCGGAGCGAAUUGUUGGCGUUGACACAUCCCCUGAAAUGCUCGCCAUGGCAAGAUUCAUUUCUGCUCACGUCUCUCAUCUCAAACCAAUGUGGCAACAAGGUCAAUCCCAGCUCAAAGAGAAUUGGAGCAAAAUGGUCUCGCAGAGCCAAAAGAUCCAAGCGGGCACCAAGAGUUUCUGCUCCACCUCAUUCAAAAAGGGAAAUGCGGAACACACGUCGUUCGAGGAUGGUUCAUUUGACGUUGUCACCAUCAUGUACGCAUUUCAUGAGGCACCCAAGAAGGGACGCGACCGCAUCUUGCGGGAAGUGCGACGUGUGCUCAGCAGGGGAGGUGUUCUUGCUGUCAUUGACAUUGCCACAGACUACUCGCCAAGCGCAAGCAUGCUGGCAGGGGAGCCAUACGUGAUUGAGUACCAAAAGAACAUUCACAGUCAGCUCGGAAACCAAAAGGGAUUUUCCCGCGCCCAAUACAAGACACUGGUUCCAGGCCAUGUUGGCAUGUGGGUACUCAAAGCCGUCUAG